AUGUCUCAAACGGAGCGUACUUGGUCUUCGUUUAGUACUUCCCAUCUCAGUAUCAAUAUAAGAGCUAGACAUUACGAUGAGAAUUACGAAGAAUUAGAAAAAUUCAUAGAUAAAAUUAACGAAUCAGUUCCAGGAUUUAAUGAAAUACAAAUGCGAUACGACAAUAACUUAAAUUUAUUAGAUGAAUUUGACAAAAUCCAAUCGAUUCUAGAGUCUGAAUGUAAAGAGGAUGACUUAGAUGAACAAUUCAAUGAACGCGAUACAUUUCAAGAUAGAUAUUAUGCUGCUUUUGAUUUUUUGAAACAAUUUAUACAAACUUUACAACCACGUCUAGAUACAAGCGUUGAACAAAAUUCAAAUUCAGUUAACAACAUUUCGUCGAAUAAUUUUGAUCCUCUUCAGAAUGUUUUAUUACCAAAGUUAAAAUUACCUAGCUUUGAUGGAGAGUUUCGUCAUUGGCUUCAAUUUAAAACCAAUUUUAAAACUAUCAUAUGUGACAAUACAAAUUUGAAUGAGAAUCAAAAAUUUCAGUUUUUAAAGGCGUCUCUAGAAGGGUACGCUUCUCGAUUUAUUGAAGGUUUAGACAGUACAGACAAACCAUUUGAAAGAGCUUGGAACCUUUUAGGUGAAAGAUUUGAUAAAAAACAAUUCUUAAUCGAUAGCCAUUUCAAGUCUAUUCUAAGUGUGCAAAAUAUUGUUAGAGAAAAUUAUAUACAAUUCCGUAAGUUAUUAGAUGAAAUUUCUAAACAUUUAACAUCGCUAGAAGGCUUAGAGUUAACUAAAGAUAUUUUAUACGACUCCUUUAUUAUUUAUAUUGUGGCCAAUAAAUUGGACAAAAAUACGAUUCGUGACUGGAAAGAAAUGAAAUAUCAUUCUGAAUUACCAACUUUGGACGAAUUUAUGAAUUUCUUGACAUUUUCUGACAUUUUACAAUGUUUGGACGAGUCUCAACAAUCAACUAAAUCCAUAGGCAAUUUAAGUAAGAAUAAGAACAAUCCAGUACAUAUGCUUUUAUCAACAAAUAAAUCAUUGUCCUGUAAUUAUUGUAAACAAGCUCAUACAAUUGAUAAGUGUCCUCGGUCAUGA